UCAUGGUUAGAUUGACCGAAUCCAAAACAACAACAAACAUACAGUCUUGUUGAGAAAAGUGUGAUUUCGUGAGUGACGCUCGCUCGUUGGUUCUCCCGCUCACUCCUAAUCCCGGCGUUCCAAGGACGUGUCCCAGUAUGUCUCCCGCCUUGUCCAGUGUGGAAAUGGUGGCAGAGUACACCUCUCUUUUUGCUCAAUGCUUCUCACCCGAUGGACAACUCCUGGCCGUGGGCAAUCAUCUUGGCAAAAUCGUCAUCUACUCCUUGGAGCAAAUCGUCCAAAGGUCCCGAGGUGAGGUGGUGACCGACGAAACGCCCACUCAAGCGGCCCAAUUGAGCUCCACGUCCAGUUAUUUCUGCCAAUUCUGGGCCAAAGAAACCAAAAAACCAAUCUUGUCUUUGAUAUCGAACCCGGAUCAUUUGAUCAUUGGCACUCAAGGAGAGAUCAGUGGUUGGACAUGGGCGGGUAUCAGGAAGAAAUCCCCCAAACAAGCUUGGUCGCUGCCCUUGCCUCGACAACCCGGAACGGCCAUUGAGACGGAUGCCAAUUAUUUGGCUCUGAACUCGUCACCUCAAACAGCCGGACAUCUCAUCGUGGCGGGCGGUGAUCAUCACGUCCACGUAUAUGAUCUCGAGACGCGUCUCUCGGUGAUGGAUCUCCGUGGGCACAGUAAUUAUGUCCACAGCGUAUCGCAUUGUCCGCAGAGCAACAUGAUUGCGAGUGCCAGUGAGGAUGGCUCCGUUCGUUUAUGGGAUGUUCGUCGAAAGAAUUCCAACACGUCGACUUUGGUACCCAGUGACAAGGAGCCAUUGUGUCGUCCAUCUCUGGGCAAGUGGAUGGGAGCUGUGAGUCUAAACUCAGACUGGCUGGCUUGCGGUGGCGGACCCCGCGCAGCCGUGUGGCAUUUGCGUACCAUGUCGCCGAACGAGGCCCUACCCCCGGAUGAAAAUGGCGUGCACGAGAUCAAGAUUCAGGGCGAUCGCGUGCUCAUCGGUGGGCAAAUGAACAUGUUGUAUCAAGCCAAUCUCAGCGGUGAAGUUCAAUCUGUGGUGCCCGUUUCAAGUAGCUGUAUUUACUCAAUCAUUUGCCAAGAGGCACCCAUUCGAAUUCUGACUUGCUCCGGAUCCAGCUCGAAAAUUGACGUCUGCGCACCCAACUUCAGUUACAAAGACCAAACCAUCGCAUUUCCAAUCUAGAACAGGGCCUCGCUAUUCCUGUCAAUUAUCAAUGAGAAACAGAUAUAACGCCCAAGUUGCUCGCGUUGCAAUAUACGAGAAUGACGAUCCCAAGAAGUCUUCACAUUCUUUUCGCGACAUUUUGCCAAGCCUGCCACAUCCUAGGGCUUUCUUUGUUCUUUUUCUGGACUAAUGAGUUUGUUUAGGUGACAUAUUUAUGUGCUGUACAAAAAGGUACAUAAUUGAGAUUAAAAAAUAUUUGAACCACUUCCGACAAUA